UUAGGAAAAACUGAUAUGCUGUGCUUGCAGCUGACGAAUCCCCUUUACAAGGGAGGCCAGAAAGUUUGCGCUCAGUUCGAUGUGAUCAAACGCUCCGAGCUUACUAUCUGCUCCUUCCUGGAUUACAUUAGUUUCGGCACAGUUUUGCAUUUCGCAUUUGCUAUCGACUUCUCUGAUUGCGAAGGGGCGCAGGACCAUGAAUCGCAGAUGAACUUCACCAACAACGUCGAAUUCGCCAUUCGAUCAGUUGGCGAAACCUUCGCUGACUACAAUCGAAAUAACGUCUACACAGCAUAUGGUUUUGGAGCUCGAAUCCCACCCUUGUAUCGAGAAUCGCACGAAUUCUGCCUGAACCUCGAAACGGAUCCCACCUGUGUUGGUGUCGAUGGUGUGGUAACGGCAUUCCGAAAUACCUACCUACAAACCCAACCGUGCCCUAGCGCACAUUUCGCCCAUGUGAUUUAUCAUAUUGCCAAAAUCGCCCAAAUCACAACUACCCGAUCCGAACCAAAUCGACCGCAGUACCAUAUUUUGAAUAUUAUUACUCGAGGAGCAAUCGAUGAUGUCAGGGAAACAGUACAGGCUGCAAUAUUCUCUAGUAAAACCCCCAUAUCGGUAAUAUUCACAGGUAUCGGUGAUAGAAACCUGGACGAGGUUGAACGACUUGGAACCGGUGGUAAACGAUUGAUUUUUCAUGGAAGGAAAACGGACCGGGACAACUUACAUUAUGUCAAUAUGACACGAGUACUGCUCGAAUGCGAUGGAUCUGCUGAUGAAUCGAAGUUCACACUAUCGGAAAAGUCGCUUUACCAAAUCCCACGACAAGUUGCAACAUAUUUCACUAAGAAUGGUAUUCUGCCAGUAGAAAGGCACGACACUCCUGCGAUUCGGCCCCACUCUCAGUCCCUUUCACAUAUGAGUACUUUCAGAAGACCGCCUGCUCUUAACAGAAGUCUCCGAUCCAUGACCAUAACCGGGGAUGCUGGACGACGGUUUUGA